AUGGCUGAGGAGUUCAUUCGGACUCCGUGCGACGUAGUGGUUGUGCUGAUGUUAUGCGUUGCCCAGUGGGAACCCACUCAAGGUGAUCUGCCCAUCGCCUGGCCCCCACUUCUCCCGGACAGCAUGGAGAUAACUCCAGGGCUGCUGGCAGAAGAGCGCCAGAACUCAGUGGCAUUCAAGGAUGUGGCCGUGGUCUUCACUGAGGAGGAGCUGGGGCAGUUGGACCCCACCCAGAGGAAGCUGUACCAGGAUGUGAUGCUGGAGAACUUCAGGAACCUGGAGUCACUGGGAGACGAGAGUUCACAGCAGAUGACGACUAUUCCACAGCCAGGACCACACGAGGAUCUUUCCACUGUGCAGAUCUGGCAGCAAACUGCAGAUGACUUUACCAGGUGGCAAGACCCUCUGAUGAGUUCUUCUCAGUCCUACAGACAAGUUGCCUCACCCUCUCCCAUUGCCAGAGACCCACCUGUUACCCACACAGGAGAGAAAGCUCAGCAGGGUCAUGAGUUUGCAGCGUUGGCCUCCCACACAGGAGAGAAACCUUACAAAUAUGAGGAGUGUGGGGUAGGUUUUGCUCACAACACAGAUCUUUAUAUCCAUCAGAAUGUUCAUGCAGGAGAAAAAUCUUACACAUUUGAGAAAUGUGGUGAGGCAUUCCUUCAGUCUUUGCAAUUUAAGGUCUAUGAAAGAGGCCCUGAAGAGAAACCAUAUAUAUGUAGUAUGUGUGGGAAAAGUUUCAUUUACAGGUCAAAUCUCCAUUCCCAUCAGAGAGUGCACACUGCAGCGAGGUCAUAUAAAUGUGAUGUGUGUGGGAAAGGAUUCACUCGGAAUUCCUAUCUCAAAAAUCAUCAGAUGAUCCACAAUGCAGAGAAACCCUUUAAGUGUGAGGAGUGUGGGCAAGGCUUCAGUUGGAGUUCAAGACUUCAGCUGCACCGUUUGGUGCACAGCACCGAGAAACCAUACAAAUGUGACCAGUGUGGGAAGGGCUUCAACAGCAGAGCAGAUCUUAAAAUUCAUUACAGAAUCCACACAGGAGAGAAACCCUACAACUGCGAGGAGUGUGGGAAGGCCUUCCGGGCUGCUUCACAGCUCCUGGCUCACCACAAUGUCCACAGUGGAGAAAAACCGUUCAAGUGUGACACAUGUGGGAAACGCUUCAGUAGUCGGUCAAACCUCCAUGUUCAUUGUAAGAUCCACACAGGAGAGAAACCCUAUAACUGCGAGGCGUGUGGGACGGGCUUUAGGCAGGCGGCCCAUCUUUUGACCCACCAGAGAGUCCACAGUGGAGAAAAACCCUUCCAGUGUGAAGAGUGUGGGAAAUACUUCAGCACACGGCAGUACCUGCAGAUCCACCGGCGAAUCCACACAGGAGAGAAACCCUAUAACUGUGAGGUGUGCGGGAAGGGCUUCAGGCAGGCUGCACAUGUCCUCAUCCACCGGCGGGUCCACAGUGGAGAGAAGACCUUCCGGUGCGAAAAGUGCGGCAAGGGCUUCUAUCAGAAGUCCAACCUGCAAGCCCAUCAGCGGGUCCACAACGAGGACAGGCCGUACAAAUGCGAGGAGUGUGGAAGCCGCUUCAAGUCGAGUGAGAACCUUCACACACAUCAGAGGGUCCACACGAAGGAGAAGCCGUUUAAGUGUGGGGAGUGUGGGAAGUACUUCAGCCACGCUGCCAGUCUUCACUACCACGAGCCUGUCCACUCCGGGGAGAAGCCGUUUGGGUGUGAUGUGUGCGGGAAAGUCUUCCGGCGCUCUUCUCAUCUCCAUUCUCACCAGAGAGUCCACACUGAGGACAGGCUUUGGUAG